AUGAGGUAUCUUGACCCCGACGGAUGCCAUCUCGAAAGGACGAUAUUCUCACGCACGUCACAGUUCAAGGACCCCAGUCUCGUUGACAACAGAUGCUACGUCAAGGGGGAAUGGGUGCAUUCGAGAGAUGGCAAGACUUUCUCAGUUUACGAUCCCACCGACGACUCUGAAAUCUGUCGCGUCCCAGACUUUUCCCUCGACGAGAUCAAAGAUGCCAUCUCCGCCGCGCACGAUGCGUUUCAAGUUUACAGAGCCAUAGCACCUCGCCAACGCCGCUUCAUGCUGCGCAAGUGGGGUGACCUGAUCAAAGCUCAUCGCUCCGACCUCGCCGCGCUGUGCACGCUCGAACUGGGCAAACCCUUCACCGAGUCCCUGGCGACGGUCGACUACGGGAUCGACUUCAUCGACUGGUUCGAGUCCGAGUGCGAACGCGUGUACGGCGACUUCAUCCCCGCCAACCGCAAGGGCACGCGCAUCAUCACGACGCGCGAGCCACAGGGCGUCGUCGUGGCCAUCACGCCGUGGAACUCCCCGGUGGCCAUGAUCACGCGCAAGGCCUGCGCAGCCAUCGCAGCGGGCAACACGGUGGUGUGCAAGCCCGCGCCCGAGACGCCGUUGUGCGCCAUUGCCAUGGCCAAGCUCUUCGACCGCGCGGGCUUCCCCAAGGGCACCUUCAACGUGGUGACGUGCGGGCCGGCCCAGAUGCAGGCCAUUGGCGAGGAGUUCUGCUCGAACCGGCUCGUGGCGCAUCUCAGCUUCACGGGCUCGACGGCCGUGGGCAAGUUGCUCAACGUGCAGUGCGCCAAAUACAUGAAGAAGGUCAGCAUGGAGCUCGGGGGCAACGCGCCGUUCAUCGUCUUCGAGGACGCCAACCUCGACGACGCCGUCGACGGCAUGAUCUCGUCCAAGUUCCGUUCCUCGGGCCAGACGUGCAUCUGCGCGAACCGCAUGUUCGUGCACGAGUCGGUCAUCGACGACUUUGCGCGGCGCCUCCAGGCCCGCGUCGCCGACACGGUGCGCGAAGGGCCCGUCUGGGACAAGACGGUCAACUUCGGGCCCCUGUACUCGGGCAAGGCGGUGGAGAAGGUGAAGAGGCACCUCGCCGACGCGACGGGCCGCGGGGCCAAGAUCCUGUUGGGCGGCGAGGUGCGUUCGGAGUUCGGGCCCAACCACUUCCCGCCCACCAUCGUCACGCACGCCGCCCCGGACAUGCUCUUCUGCCACGAGGAGACGUUCGGCCCCGUCGCGGCGCUGAUCCCGUUCCGCUCCGAGGAAGAGGUCAUCCGCCUCGCCAACGACACGGACGUCGGGCUCGCCGGGUAUCUCUACACCAACGACAUCGCGCGCCUGUGGCGGGUCGCCGACGCGCUGCAGGUGGGCAUGGUGGGCUGUCGGGUGGGAUUGAUUUCGGCGUGUGAGCAACCGUUCAGCGGCGUCAAGGAGAGCGGCAUCGGGGUCGAGGGCUCGAUGCAUGCCCUGGACGAGUAUGUCAACAUUAAAAGUAUCACCAUUGGCGGGUUGUAG